UAGACGACAUUGUAACCAACGGCUCUCUUUUCUCUCUUUUAUCAGAAAAUUUGAUUCAUCAUUCGUUACCUGUAGAACGUAACUCAAUUAUAACUCAUCUUCAUCACCCAUUCAAUUUCAUCCACCUCAUCAAAUAUGUCUAACCAAACACCCCAAACCCUCCGACCAAAUCUCCCAAAAAACCUCAACAUCCUCCGUCUCGAUCCAAUCCAUUGUCCUACUCCAGACUUCUCCUCACUCCCCAUCCCAUACACCUACACCGAACUAGCCAACCCACCCCCCUCCGGAGAAGAACUAAUGACCUAUCUAAAAACCGCCCACGUCCUCAUCACCACCCGUUUUUUCCUCCCCUCAUCUCUCCUCUCCCAACUCCCCAAUCUCAAACAUGUAGCUGUUCUAGCUAUUGGAACUGAUCAUGUCGAUCUGGCUUAUUGUGCAGAGAAUGCGAUUUCGGUGUCCAAUGUUCCGGCGGCGAAUAUUGAGGCUGUUUCUGAACAUGGUUUGACUUUGUAUAUGGCCCUGAGAAGGAAUGUGGUGGGUUUGCAUGAGAGGACUAGGGAGGGAAGGGAGUGGAAGGAGAAGGGGAGUUUGACGGGGCAUUUUUAUGGAGGUUUCAUGGCCGGGUUUAAGGGGGAGGUGGUUGGAAUUGUGGGGGGUGGGGAGUUAGGUAAGGAUGGGAUUUUCUUUUCUGGUGGAUAUGUUUAAGAGGUGAUUAUGGGAGAGUGACGGCGUAGUUCGCCUAGCUUCUGUUGUUCUUGAUUACUUCGAAAUAUGGAAUCCAUCGAAAUUGACAAAUCAUGUGAUCAGUCACUCGAGAAGUUCAAUCUCUCCCCAGAUCCAUCGCAGAAUCCUAGAACCUCAAUCAGCUAAUUAAAUCACCAGGAAACCGAGUAUCAAACCUCUGCCGAGCCCUCGGAAUGACCAUCCAAUUCUGCGAAAGAAAAGGUAUCCCCGAAAGCGAAACCCGUGCAAACUACACUCCUUUCACUACAGUUCUCCAAACCAGCACAGUCCUCUUCCUCUGUCUCCCUUUAACACCCAGCACCCAAAACCUCAUCGCCUCACCAGAAUUAUCCGCCAUGAGAACAGAUGCCCUCCUAAUCAACAUAGCUCGCGGAGGAAUAGUCAACGAAGAUGAUUUAGUAGAUGCAUUGAAACAAGGUAAAAUAGCAGGAGCAGCAACAGAUGUUUAUGUAGUAGAACCUGCUGGGGAAAGUAAUCCAUUAGUGAAAGCUGCUAGAGAGGGUGAAUUAAGAGAUGGUGGAAGAUUGAUUUUGAGUCCGCAUGUAGCGUGGUAUGGGAGGAGUAGUGUGGAGAAAUUGACAAGGGUGGUGGCUGAGAAUGUUAGGGUGUGGUGUGAGGGGGUUGAGGGGAAUAUUGUGGGUUGAAUUAUUGGCUUGAGAUGAGAUGGAUGUUGAAAUGGGGUGUAGAUUGAUGAUAUACUCGUAGAGGUUAGAUAGAGGCUUAACUGUCGAGAUUAGAUAAUCGCCUCGCGGGAAAGAUCUCUUCAAUGUUUUCCUAUACAGUUAAAUGUGAGUUCCCUGUAUCAGGUUACCUGGUAUUCAGUACCUUACAUUCGCAGAAUCCUA